UAGAGAUCAGUAGAGUAAUAGGGACUGGUAAAUGAAGGUAUGGUAUAGAGAUCAGUAGAGUAAUAGGGACUGGUAAAUGAAGGUAUGGUAUAGAGAUCAGUAUAGUAAUAGAGACUGGUAAAUGAAGGUAUGGUAUAGAGAUCAGUAUAGUAAUAGGGACUGGUAAAUGAAGGUAUGGUAUAGAGAUCAGUAGAGUAAUAGAGACUGGUAAAUGAAGGUAUGGUAUAGAGAUCAGUAGAGUAAUAGAGACUGGUAAAUGAAGGUAUGGUAUAGAGAUCAGUAGAGUAAUAGGGAGUGGUAAAUGAAGGUAUGGUAUAGAGAUCAGUAGAGUAAUAGGGACUGGUAAAUGAAGGUAUGGUAUAGAGAUCAGUAUAGUAAUAGAGACUGGUAAAUGAAGGUAUGGUAUAGAGAUCAGUAGAGUAAUAGGGACUGGUAAAUGAAGGAAGACUCGAGUUCAUACUGGGUGGGUGGUCUAUGGAUGAUGAGGCUACAACACAUUACAAUGCAAUCAUUGAUGAACAUUCUUUGGGAUUGGAAUUUCUUCGACAGAACUUUGGAGACUGCAGCAGGCCUCGAGUGGCAUGGCAGAUCGAUCCUUUCGGCCAUUCCAGAGAACAAGCUUCUCUGUUUGCUCACAUGGGCUAUGAUGGUUUAUUUUUUGGAAGAGUGGACUUUGAAGACAAAUUUCACAGAGAACUGACAAAAUCCAUGGAAAUGGUUUGGCAGGGCAGUCCCAGCAAUUUAGGCCCCAGCAGUGACCUAUUUUCUGGGGUGCUCUACCAUGGUUACAAUCCACCCCCUGGAUUUUGCUGGGAUACUCUAUGCAGUGAUGACCCUAUCAUGGAUGACAAGAACAUGGAGGAUUAUAAUGCAGAUUUAGUAACACAAAAGUUCCUCAAUUAUACAAAAUACCAGGCUCUAGCGUAUGCCACUGAACAUAUCAUGAUGACGAUGGGAAGUGAUUUCAAUUACCAGAAUGCGCACAUGUGGUUUAAGAACAUGGAUAAAUUGAUUAAUCUAGUUAAUGCACAGCAAAAAAAUGGGAGUAAAGUGAACCUUCUGUACUCCACCCCCAGCUGUUACCUGUACCAGGUGAACCUGGCCAAUAAAACCUGGCCCACCAAAAAGGAUGAUUUCUUCCCAUAUGCACAUCUCCCUCACUCUUACUGGACAGGGUUCUACACAAGUAGGCCCAACCUCAAGAGAUAUGUCAGGCAGACUAACAACUUCCUACAGGUCUGUAAACAGUUAGAUGCCUUAGCCAUGCUUGAAGAUUCUGACAAUAGUUCACUCAACAUUCAAGUCCUAAAAGAAGCAAUGGGUGUAGCACAGCAUCAUGAUGCAGUAUCAGGAACUGAGAAGCAAGCAGUGGCUAAUGACUAUGCAAAGAGACUAGCAAGAGGAACUCUUGAAUGUCAGAAAGUGGUGAAUGAUGCUUACAAGAAAUUGUUCCCAAAACAGAAAGAAGUACCACCAGACCAGAUGUUCUGUAGUUUGUUAAAUAUCAGUAUGUGUCAAGCAACAGAAAACAACAAACAGUUCACUAUGACAGUGUACAACCCCAUAGGUAGAUCAGUGGGCCACUGGAUACGACUUCCUGUCAUUGGUAAAUCCUAUGUCAUCACAGAUCCCAAUGGCAAGAGUGUGCCAUCUCAGGUUUUACCCAUCAGCAAUGAGACUAAAAAAAUUCCAGAGAGAAAGGGCUCACUGGCAGAAAAUGAACUCGUCUUUUGGGUCAUGGUACCUCCCCUUGGCUUCAACACCUUCUUUAUCAAACAGAGUUCAGGGCCAAGUAAAACACAGAAAUCUGUAGUCCGCCAAUUGGAUAAUGCAGAUAUUGUGAUCAAGAAUCAACAUUUAUCCCUGAUGUUUGAUGGGAACUCUGGUCAGUUGAAAUCAAUGAAGAACUUAAAUUCUGGAGCUUCCAUUCCAUUGCAACAGACAUUCCAGUUCUAUAUAGGGCACCCUGGCAACACGACUGUAUUUGAGUACCAAGCCUCUGGGGCCUAUGUGUUUAGGCCUCUCACCUCUGCACCUGCUGACUUUCAGCCUCUUCUGAAGAAGAGAACUUUUCAUGUUCAGGGUCAGUUAGUACAGGAGAUCAGGCAGUGGUUCUCUCCGUGGGUGUCUCAGGUGGUCAGGUUGUAUGACCAGGCAAAUUAUGCAGAGCUGGAAUGGACAGUGGGACCAAUCCCUGUGAGUGAUGGCUUGGGAAAAGAAGUCAUAACUAAGUAUAGCACAGGACUUCAAACUAAUGGGGUCUUCUACACUGAUGCCAAUGGCAGAGAAAUUCUCAAACGAACACGAAAUCACAGAGACACGUGGAAGUUUAAAACCUCAGAACCUAUUGCUGCAAAUUACUAUCCCAUCAACAGCAGGGUUUACAUCAAGGAUAGCAACAGUCAGUUCACUGUCAUGACAGACAGAAGUCAAGGGGGAACCAGUUUACAGGAUGGAAACCUAGAAGUCAUGUUACAUCGCCGUCUGUUGUAUGAUGACAAUUUAGGUGUAGGAGAAGCUCUGAAUGAGACCGGGGCAGAUGGGAAAGGUCUUAUUGCCAGAGGAAAGCAUUUCUUGUUUUUGGACACAGUACAGAAUUCUGGAGCCCUACACAGGGACAUGGGUCUGCGACUUUAUAUGGCCCCCUCCCUGUCAUUCACCAAUUCUCAGAUGAAGCAGCAGGAAUGGAGUCAGAAGUUCUAUACUGCUUGGUCAGGAUUGAAGACUUCCCUUCCAGACAAUGUCCACAUGUUGACUCUAGAGCAAUGGGGUGGUCCCACAAUCAAGCCUAGUCCCACUCAACCUUUCCUUGUCAGAUUUGAACACAUAUAUGAGAAGGGAGAGAACUCUGAAUUGUCCAAACCAGUCAAACUAAUGCUGAAGGACAUAUUUGUACCAUUUAGAAUAAAAACCAUGGUAGAAUUAACGCUAGGGGCUAACCUGCCACUUAGCGACCUCAAGAGACUCCAGUGGAAAACCACAGACUAUACAACAGAUGCACAGUUGAUAAGACACAAGGUCGGGGUGGCAGAUAACUUUACUGUGAUACUGAACCCAAUGGAGAUAAGAACAUUCCAAGUCACACUCGCAUAAUAAAUGUUUCAUCUUAUCAGAGAGUGCUAGGAAUAGAUACACUGGAGUGCCAAAUGGUGUUGUCUCUCAGUAUAUAUAUACUUUUUUUGUAUAAACUGAAUUUUUGUAAACUUUCUAUAUACAGGUACAUGUUGAGAUUUGAAAAUUCCCCACAGCAUGCCAAAUAUUAGAUCUGUUCCAUCCAUUGAUUUUCUUUCGACAUUAAGCAGUGCACAUGCUGUUUUAUUUGUUCUCAUGUAGCUUAAUGUAUGUACAUUGUUUCAACACAAUUUUACCAGAAUAUUAUAAUACUAGAAGGAAACAUUCCAGUUAGCAGUGUUUUAUUGGGUAUCUAAAGUGUUUUAUCGGGGAUCUAAAGUGAACACAAGACUCCCCUAUAGGAAACAUUUUAUAAUUAUUGGGCUCAGUGAAUAUUGUACUUCUCAGGUAGCUGACCUUAAAAAUGUCAUGAAUUGCUUUAUUAUGUGAUUGAAUAAUUCAAAACAUUGAAACCGGCCUACAAACCAAUACCUGGUCGGCCAUCUUUGUUUACAGCUAGAGUGCAAGACCUAGUCAAAAGUGAUCAGAGACACAAGUUUUCAUUCCAUGAGCAAAAUAUGAUAACUGAUCUUCUCAUUUUGGAAUCGCCAGUUUAUUUUUGGUCUGAUGAAAAUCAAAUGUUUAUUCACUUCGAAGGUGAAUAUAACUUUCUAUUUAUUUUAUUUUUUUGUUAGAUGUGAGCCAAUCAGAAAGCUGUGUAGAUUCAGAUACAUAGCGAUAUAUGUAUUUUUUUUAAAAAAAGUUUUUUUCUUAAGAACAAGGGUAGAAUAUGAGUAAUUUAUUUCUUUAAAGUGUAAGCAUCUUCAUGUUGUGUAUAUUCAGACUGGUGUAAACCAUGUCCUCUAAGUUCUGGGCAGGGUCACAGUAGGAUGUGAUAUAUUACAUGUAAUGUAGACAUUUUUUAAAAAAAUCUUUAUUUCAAGACCCAGAAAGAUACAAUUAGUCUUGAUAGUGUAGAAUCAAUUUUCUCCAGUCUGUGGCUCUGGAGCCAAAGCAGUUCUGCAUUAGGGCUUUAAAGAUUUACAUUCAUAUAUUACUUUUUGUACAUGCAUAUGAUGAAUACAUGUAUGUGAAUUGUAUUUUUUAAAAACAGAAUGAUGAUGCUCUGGACUAGAUUAGUGUACAUUAAAAAUUCCUAAGGAAAUUUUGAUUCUUUAUACAAUAAUAUGAUGAUUACAGUUUGUGAUAUAUGUCUUCACCUGGAGACAAGUAGUGUAAAUGGUUGAGUAGAAGAAUGCCUUACUGUAGGCCUCUUGUUAACAAAUACAGGUACUGGGAAUUGUCUAGUCACAGGUGUGAUGAAAGUUGUUUUGUUACCUUGCAAAGAGUAAAAUUAAUGACAUUUGAUACUUAUACUGGAAUAUUCUCUGUGCUGUAAUCUCUGAGGUAUUGCAGAUCUGAUAGAUUGUUUUAAUUUUAGAAAAUGUACUAAACAUACUGAACAGAUAUUUUGUAUAUUGUUAAGAUCUGUGUUUACUGUGUGGAUUAGAUGUUCACUUUUUUAUUUCGUGGAACAAAAUUUGAUGUUUAUUUGAUCUAUAUUGUUGAGCAUGUAUGUACUUAUAUUUGAAUUAACUAUAUCAGAUCUGAAAAAUGGUGCAUUUUAAGUGCAAUUUAUCAAUAUAACACAAGUUAUGUAUAGAUUUACAAUUACAACAUUUACUUCCAAAAUCACGUGAAUAUGCUGUGAUUAUAUUGAACAUAUUUAAAAGGUGUAAUGUUGCACAUGUCUUUUAAAAUUUACUGUGAAACAUUCCAGUUGAAAAUGAUUAAAAUUAAAUUCGGA